AUGGUACAUCACUUCAAUCAACUGAAUCAACUGUAUCGAACUCAUCUCAUCAAAUUAUAACGCCAACAAGUUCUUAUAUAAUGUCAUCGCCAAUGCCCACAUCAUACGAAUCAACCACAA